CGAAGAAGAGCCAUUGCUUACUCCAAACUUUGCCAGAGACGAUCGACGUUGGCGGAGUCACCGUGCGUUCUUUGGAUUAAUUGUAAAAGCUAAUUCGGUUGCAGCUUUGAACGAUGCUUUCUCUUACGUUUAUGCUAUUGUUUGUGAUCGAGUUGGGAUGGGCCGCCCAGUGUGACAAGUGGUCUGGACCCGCUGGAACUGUUGAAUGCGUUCAAUUAAGGUCGUACAAUAACGAAUACCAGUGGGGGACGUGCGUGACGGAUACUUACGUGAAGCAAAAGAGCAACCAAAAACAUCAUUGUAUAGACCGAACUGCAACCUACUGCUGGUAUCAGUGUAUGCUUGAAGUGCAUAACAAGGACUAUGGAUCAGUGACGAGUGAUUGUUCCUGUACUCCCAGCAAUCCAACCUCAUAUCCAAACACUCUCACACCUACCACAUUACUGCCUCCAGAGUGCUAUAGUCCACCAGGGGAUUCAUGUGAUUGGUAUCGCAACUGCCUGGAGAGGAGGUAUCCCUGUGAAGCUACAAGUAAUCAAUAUGCAAUCAAAUACGCUGAACAUUUUUGCAAGUUGUAUGACGAAAACUUUGCAAAGUUCAGUCUAAGUGGGCGAAACUGGGUUAACGGAGUUCGUAAAUGCCUCCAAGUCUCACUGGUGCCACUAUUGCGGCCAUGGGUCGACGAUCCAUCCUGUAAGGAGAUACGAAAAAGAGCGUUUGCCUCUCAUACACCAUGUUACUUGAAUCCAGGAAAUGGUGUGCCGUCCGUCUGUGAUCUUGACUGCUCCGAUUACCACCAGAUCUUUUGGACCAUCAAGGGUUCCUUUGUCAAAGUCGGUACAAUCUGGGAAUCUCUCAAGGGAAUGUGGAACAUAAGUGCGAAAUGUGGACGGUUUGCCUCCAUCAAGAAAUGCUUCAGAAAGCGGAAAGAUAGCCCAGUGAUAGUGACCAAGCUGGAGAUUAAAAAGUUUAUUCCGCGAUCAAGGCGCUCAACUUAUAAUCUUCCUGAAUCUGAUGCUCAAAGUCGAUUCGCAGACGGUGUUGCCUCAGCCAUUGCGAGUGCCUUGAAGUGGAACUCAGACGUAAUGGACUGGCUCGCCUACGUUGAGAGAGUUGAAGCUCCAGAUAACAUGGAAAUUGUUGUCUUAUUAGUUGAUAAGAAAGCCCUGGGUAUCGCCAUUACAUCCACUCCAUCCAUUAACUUAAACGAGACCAUCCAAGAGUUUGCCUCAGCUGUACAAAAGGGAGCACUAACUUUGAAAGUGGAUGGAAACAAUAUCUGGGUGAAGAGCUUGGCCUCGUGUUCUGAUAAAGCCUGCACCAGCACCCAGACACUGGCAAUGUCAGACAAGCCUCCAAACUGGAAUGGUGCGGUGAGGAUCUCAGGUGGUAAAAUUGUCUUUUAUGGAACCAUCGCUGUGUUGAUCACGAUGAUGGACAAACUACUUUACUGAAAAGAUACUCACAUCUGUCAAGAAGAUUGAGUUUUUCUAUUUACUGAGCGUAAGAACAUAGACUUAUCAUACGUAGUAGUUGUUCUAAUGGUCUGUCUCACGCUGGGUUUUGUGCUUAAUGCCUUCGAGCUGAAACUUUUCGAUUCCCUAUCUGUUGCCAAAAAGCUUCACGAAAACGUACACCUAGGUAGUUUUACUAUUGCAAUGCUUGCAACAAACGGAGCGAUUUUUAGCUGCAGCAUUUUGGACCCAGUCAUGACCACGAAUCAAUUCUGGACCACAAAACAGCUGCCCUUUUCUAGAGCUUACGAGAAAGAGCAUAUCAAAUACUGUGGCAAAUCAACGAGUUGUUUUCUAGAUUUCAAACCUUUCGGUGUUAUUCUUACUAUGAACAGGCUUCAAUGUGUAACAGGCCCUUAAAUUAGCUGAGAGUUAUUCGAAGCCGUAGGAUAUAGAGGAUAAAUAAUUAUAACCAAGCACAGAAUCUCAUUUAAUUUCAUUGGAUGGUAGUUACACAAAUAUUACGCGUUGCUAAAGGUAGAGCAAAAUCUAUUUGCCCGGUAGAUGGGAGACGUUUUUAGAGAAAUCACUCACAAGUUACGGUAGCCAAUGUUUGAUUAUAGGAUGAAAUCAGUGCGUCUUAUAGUGUAGUGUCUCUCGCCAUUGGAAGGACAAAUAGAUAGGGUGCCGUUGUUUCCCUGAUAAAAAGUGAGUAAAAACAGACUCACCUCACCCAGAUUAGUUUAUGAAUAUUAAUCAUCAUAUAAAGGCCUUUUUUUUUUAAUUGAUAUAACCUACUUAUACCUGAUUACACGCAUUUAGUCGCGAUUU